AUGAUAGAUGAUAGAAGUCCUUCACUUCUCUUGGGAGAAAGUAGGACUGCGGUUCCAUGGAAGAUCACUUCACAAAAUAAGAAACCUUCUUCUACCGACCUCACGGAGAAGAAAUCGGAAACAUAUGGACCCUCUCUGGCGAAGUCCGAGAAACUGAAACACCUCCAAAUGCUUCCUUUCUCCUCCACAAUCCGACAAGCGAAUCCGGACAUCUAUCUGGACGUCAAGUAG